UGGAAAACCCAAAGUAUGAGCUUAUUAUAGAAGCGAAGGACAUGGCUGGUCUGGAUGUGGGAUUAACUGGCACAGCAACAGCUACCAUUGUUAUCGAUGACAAAAAUGAUCACCCACCGGAAUUCACCAAGAAAGAGUUCCAAGCCACAGUAAAGGAAGGAGUCACAGGAGUGAUAGUGAAUUUAUCUGUUGAAGACCGCGAUGAUCCAGCAACAGGAGCUUGGAGAGCUGUGUAUACCAUUAUCAAUGGAAACCCAGGACAGAGUUUUGAAAUCCAUACCAAUCCAAAGACGAAUGAAGGAAUGCUCUCUGUUGUCAAGCCUUUAGACUACGAGAUCUCAGCAUUCCACACACUGCUGAUCAAAGUAGAAAAUGAAGACCCGCUGGUUCCAGACAUAGCCUACGGCCCCAGUUCUACAGCAACAGUUCAGAUCACUGUUCUGGAUGUAAACGAAGGCCCUGUUUUCCACCCAGACCCAAUGACAGUGACCAAACAAGAAAACAUCCCCAUAGGCAGUGUUGUGUUAACAGUAAGCGCCACAGAUCCAGAUACCUUGCAACACCAGACUAUUAGGUAUUCUGUUUACAAGGAUCUGGCAGGAUGGCUGGAAAUUAAUCCUACAAAUGGUACCAUUUUCACCACUGCUGUCCUGGAUCGUGAAUCACCCUAUGUCCACAACAACGUCUAUACAGCCCUGUUUCAGGCAAUUGACAGUGGCAACCCCCCUGCAACCGGCACGGGAACUUUACAGAUAACUCUGGAAGACGUCAAUGACAAUGCCCCCACCAUUUAUCCAACAUUGGCAAAAGUCUGUGAUGACGCAAAAGAUCUCAAGGUAGUGGUCUUGGGGGCGUCAGAUAAGGACCUUCACCCUAACACGGAUCCAUUCAAGUUUGAACUGAGUAAACAGUCUGGCCCAGAUAAAGUGUGGAAAAUCACCAAGAUCAACAACACUCAUGCCCAGGUCAGCCUGCUUCAAAACCUGAAGAAGGCCAAUUACAACAUCCCAAUCUUGGUGACAGAUUCUGGAAAACCUCCUCUGACUAAUAAUACCGAACUGAAAGUACAAGUGUGUUCCUGCAAGAAAUCCAAAAUGGACUGCAGUGCAGCCGAUGCCCUUCAUAUCAGCAUGAUCCUAAUCCUUCUCUUUUCACUCUUCAGUUUAUUUUGUCUGUAAGAACUCCUGACAUUUGAAGCUGUCCUACCGAGUUGCCAUGGCAACAAGAAAAGGAAAACUUCAAAUCUGAAGAUCGCAGUUUACAGUUACUGUUCUUCACUACUAGGCCUCAGUUGCUCCAGAUUCAGUUUAAUUUGCAACCUCACUUAGUCUAUCCGACUGUACGUCAGUGUUUGACAACCUCUGCCCUUACUGUUGUUCAAUAAUGGAUUUCUCUUGCAAGAUGCAAGGUUUAUGCGAAUUUUCACUGAAUGUUAAAUGACCAUGACAUCUCAACUUGACCUUCUGGGAGCUGAAUAUAGAAUGACUCCAUUUUUUUCUAUCUGUUGACUUGUUGCUAUUCAACUGUUCAAAAACAAAUAUUUUGUCUGUGGGUUGGUAUUUGUAUAUGUAUGAAUGUAUGUGUGUAUAUAUAGUUAUAUGCAGAGAAGAGAUACACAAUAGGGUUAGCUUUUAUGAGACAGUUGCCUGAAGUAUGGGAGCAACAGGGCAGAGUAACAGAGCCGCAGGUGAGUUAUAAUUGUCCUAUCAUAGCUAAACCCAUUGUAUAUGCUGUUUAUACAAUGGUGUAAUACAAAAGGCAAGACCAACUGCAAUAUGGCAUUAAAAUUCCUGUGUCAGUGGUGCCAGCUAUGCCAGGGCCACUCCUCCGCAAUGUCACUUCUUUUACCUCAGGCUCAAUGUACAAGAGACGCAAAUUCCCGACACUUUUAUUGCCGAUCACAAUUUCGUUCCUUCCGCCACAGGUGAUACUGAUGAGGCUGCAGUGAAAGCAGCUUUUGACUGCACAUUACAAUGGCAGCAGCCCUGGGAGAUAAAGAGACUGUGAUUUGCAAGGGGGUGAAAGCAGUUAAAUGCACUAUGGGUCAUUAUCUCGAAUAUUGGGACACUCUGGGCCUGAAUUUAAAGGGGCCUUAACCCAGCCUCUUUUUGCUCCUGUCGAUAAUUAUUCUCCGGGGCAGUUGAGGACAUUUUAAACUUCUUAGUGCCUGAUCUGCAGGGGCAAUCAGGUACGUAGAUGUUUACAUGUCAGAAGGCCCAUGCGAAUAAUAGGAGUAAAGGUCUUUCUCAGAUGAAUUGAUCAUCUCUCUUUCGACUCCCUAACCACAAAGGCCUGUUCUCAGCUCUCAUUGAUGUCCCUGAGCACAAUGAGGAAAAUAGAUGCCCUAUUGUAUAAAUAUAUUCAUAUAUACACACACAUACAUGUACAUGUACACACAGUUUUCAAUUAAAAGUAACAAGAUCAUUUCUCUGUGUGUGUGAAAUAACCACACUUGUUUGCAAACAUGGAAUUAAAAGGUGUUCAUUAUGUAUGAAUAUUAAUCCUUUUUUAUUCUGUGAGCAUGUAAGGUAAACAAAAACUUCUAACUGUAUCAAGAUCACGAUCCUGUUAAUAAAUUGUAAAUGAUCCAUCAAACCUCACACCAAAUUUUUUAUAAAAUUAACACACACACACAAAAAUAUACUAGUGACAGACUGUGGCUUUUACUAGAGCUUGUCAGUAACUAGGGUGAGGUAAGUGUCUCAGAAUAUUUUAAUAAACUUGCUUAUUUAAAGUUUAAACAACACUGCUUUCUUAUGCAAUAGAACUUCACAGCUGCAUUUUUGGGUUAGCAUUUUUACAGUACUUAUGGGUCAUUCUGUAUGUUGUCAUUACUACAGUGAGAUUAUACACAUACCUUCCACAUCAUGUAUAUGUUUCAAUAUUAAAGCUUUUUGGAAGUAUAACAAAUAAAUUCCAAACACACAUUUAGUUUUUCAUGAUGUUACACUAGAUAUUAAAUGUGUACUAGUGGUGAAAAAUUGCUGUACAAUAGCUUUUCUCUAACUUCUUGUAUUAUACCAAAUAUUACAACAGGUCCUUAACUAAAGUAAUAACAAUAAUAAUUAAUAAUGGUGACAGCAAAAAGUUAAUGUUGUGGACAUCCCUAAAUUUUUAGAUUUCUUGAUAAGAUAUAAACUGCCUCGAUACAAAGAGCUGUUUUUUUCUCUGAGAGCUUAACUCUUGAAGGCCUCACCCAGGAAAAACUCCCACUGACCUUGCUUCUUUCACAGCACAUCACAGGUGUCUGAGUUACCACAGUAGUACUUAGAGGUCAAUGGGAGGUUCUUUUGAGAAGAAUUUCAGAAAGGUUCAUUAGUCAACUGCAGGCCUUUAAGCAGGAAUUGCCUGAUCUCAGAUGUUACCCCGACCUGAACAUGGGCAUGCUUCCAUUCCACGUCGUCUGCCCCAGGCUUUGUGGUAAGCAAAUGCUGCUGCUUUAUAAUCACCAAUCACUUAUACAUAUAAACAAGUGUUAAAUGCAAAGUUUGCAAAAUGAAAAUGGAUGAAUGCUAAAUACAUUGUGGAUCUUUCCCAAGAAGGAUUGCAUCCCAUGCCUUGAUCUACUAAACGCUUCACUUGAAUGUAAUGGAAACAACUAUUCUUUCGCAUAAAUAUAUUUUUCUAAUGGGAUCCUUCCUCCCCCUGCAAAUGGGCAUCCUUCAAAGUCUCUCAGUGAAAAGAUUCCCAUUGACUUCACUGGGCUUUGCAUGAGUCAUUAUGAGAUGUUAUCCCUGCUUCUUGUUUAGAAUGGGUCCUAGCACAUUAUGGAUCCUCCUAAGGGGGCCCAAAUCCAGGAAUAAAACUUUUAUGUUUGAAUCUGUCCUAGUGACAAGCUGCUGAGUAAAGCCAGUUGCCUACUCUUUCACUGUGCAAUAAAAGUCCACAGGGGAGCGUAACAUUUCAAAUAAUAUUGCAAAAAAAAUUGACCUAUACAAAGGGUGGUUACCAAUGAGAAUAUUCCCCCAAUGGAGGCUCUGGAUCACAGAGGUACCAAUACUUCCCUGACUUUCUCAUCCAAAACUGGAGGGGGUCCUGAAACCUCAGUCCCCAACCUCUCCUGUUCGUAUGCCCGAGGGCUCCAUCUUGAGUUAACUUCUGGGCAUCCUAGGCACGAAAAGAGGAGCCAUAGCUGCCAUCUUAAUAUUUUUUCCUCAUUUUCUAACUCCUCAUAUUCAAGAAAGAACAUCCAUUAAGAAACUCAAUAGGCCAAAUCUUACAGCCUUAUUCAAGUGAGAAGCCACAUUAAAACUUAUGGGUUUCCUUACAUGAAGGGAAAGGCCCAAAAUGAUAUUUGCUGAAACUCAGGAACUAGCAGAAUUUGGAGGCAUUUUGUGUCAUGCAAAAUCAGAAAAGAUCAAAAAGAAAAACCUCAUAACUUUUGCUCUUCCUUUUUAUGUUGGAUUUUUUAAAAUUUGUUCAGGUCUCCCUUGCUGUUUUCAUAAUCCAUCAUUUAUUUUAAUUUAGCUAUUUUAGUUGCUACAACAUUUAUUUCUGUGUGUGUGUGUGUGUGUGUGUGUGUAAUACAUGCAAAGUUGUCUGUAUUUUGAAAGACACUGAAUUUAAUCAUUUUCAUUUUGAAGCAGAUGCAAAACAGCGCCAGUCUAAAUCAUUUCAUUUCAAAACCCUGUAUUUUCUGGUAAAACACGAAUCCAAUAUGACAGUUAUCAAGUUAAUCAAAGAAUGGUGUAGAUUAGCAGAGUAAAUGUGUCAUUUUCAGUGUACUUGCUAACUGAAACACUGUCAAUACACCUCAUGAGUGUGCUCGCAUUAUGCCUAUGUGCAUAUAUUAACGUAUAUUAUGUUCAGUAACUGCAGGUCUGAAGAUCAAAACAAAAGAAAACCAGCUGAAUUUCAUGGUGGGUGUCAAAUAAGACUUAGAUUUCAGUGGAACAAUGUUUUGGUAAUAUAAACGUGGAGCCAGAUUCUCGUCACAUUUCCACCUAGAUAAAUCAAGAGUAACUCCAUUGACCAGAGUUGUUCAUUUCUCAACACAUUGCUUUUACCAGUCUGCUGUAAAUAGUAAAAUAACAUACUUGGAAAUUGUUUAUCUAUUAUUGUAGGUCUAUCUUGAACAUAGGGAAACCUACACUCUAGAUGACUCACUUCCUUCACUGACUUCUUUAAAGGAUCCUAAAGGUCCCUGGUACAAUUUUGUUUAAAUUUUAUUUAGAAUGACCACACUUCUAGUCAAGUAAGUCUGGUUGGUCUCUUGGGUGAUCAUUUGAACUGUAAUACAAUCUCAUUUAUUAAAUAAAGGAUUUCCAGGCAGUUGAUAGGUAACUCGGUUUAAAUGCUUUAUUUUAUCAUUACAGAAAAAGAGAAGCAUGUGUGUUAUGGUUAUAUUUGUUUUACCACUAGUCAUUCCUUUGCAUCACUUGUUUUCUAAAACAUGGUGAUUACUAGUUUCCCCCCUUUGUUUCUACCAAUACAUUUAACCAUUUGAUCACAGAGCAGAGUUUUGUACACAGAUCAUAUUAUUGUAUGUCCGGAAGCCAAAUUCUUACCAAAUGUGUUUAUCUCAUUUCAUGUAAAAAAGUUGAAUAAAAGAUGAAUGACAAUAAAAAAUGACACUGGCACGAGAAUAGCAGGUCCAAGGGAGAACAUAGGAUUAUGUAUCUGUAUCUGUAAAAGUUACAGUAUCUGUAAAAUUUGUUGUCCAAGUGCUACAUCUCCCAAUGGUAGCAAAAAAACAAAACCAAAAAACCAACAACAAUUCUUUCCCAUUUAGCUCUCGGUGAUUUGUAACCUUGAAGUUCAGAUGCAAAUUAUUUCAGAAACCAAAGCUAGAGUCCACGUAAAGCAGACAGAGAGAACUAUUUUACUGUGUAAAACUUACAGCCCAUUGCUGUUACUACUUUACCUAACCACAAGUUAUGAUGAUCGCUGACUUCUCAAUGUCCAAAUUAAAUGAAUACACACAUCAAUUCUCAAUGAAAGUUACUAGUUGCACAAUUGCUAUGUGUGUGUAUAUAUGUAGAUAUACAGAGAUACACACAUACAUAUAUAGAGCUAUACAUAAGAUAUUUAGAGGGGGAGAGCGAGACUACACAACAUGGGGAUUUGGAAUAAGCAGUUUAAUUCUAUGAAUUACAGAUGAACACACAACUCAAGCAGGGGCAUGGGUUAUGCAUGGUCAAGCCAAACUGCUGAAAAUAAAUAGUUUAUUCCCACCUCUGAUGUUGUACUGAUUUAAGCUUCACUCAGCACUCUCGCGCUCUCUCUCUCUUUAUAUUGAUUUACAUAAUUUGAAGAUAUGCAUACUUGUUUACUGACUCCUUUUGUUUUAGUUGUCUAUGUACCAGCAAGUCAGUAGCAGUGUGAAGGAGGAUACAGAAAGAAUCCUAACUUUCUUCAAUAUUAGCAGGAUGACUGUAUGGAAUUAUACCCAUCCUCUGAAAGUUAGGCUCCUCUUCUGCAUUAAUAAGUGGCUGUAUUUGAUGUGUUGAGGUUAGAUGAAUGUAGUCUAAAGGGAGAGUGCAUGCGUGGGCAUGCAUACGCGCCCUGCCCAUGACCUAGGAUUGUAAAAUGAAAGUGUGUAUGGUGGCGAAUUCAGUACAGAUAUGCUGUGUGAUUAAUUGAAACGUCCAAUAGUAACCUCCUGUUUCAUCACGUUUGCCCUAUAAUGAACUCUGUCUCCUUCAGUCAUCACCAGGAAUUUUUGUUUGGAUUUGAAUAUUUUAUUCAGCUACUUUUCCAGUUAAUGGUUCCUUUAGGCCCUAGUUGCUGAAUUGCUUGCUGUUUCUGAGGUGUAAAUAAACGUUUUGAUUUAUGAUGUGGCUGCAAAGAAACUUGUAAUUUAUUUGUGAAAUGCUCAAAUAAAGGAUGUCUGGGCUUUUA